CAGUGUGACUGUGUGUGUGUGUGUGUGUGUGUGUGAUAUUCAGUGUGAGUGUGUGUGUGUGAUAUUCAGUGUGACUGUGGUUUAUUCUGUGUGUGUGUGCUCGUUUGUACUCUCGUCCUGAUGGAGGGACACGGCGGUCCUCAAUGAGGUGUUUCUGGCGCUGCAGCUUCUCGAGAGGAAAACAUGACACAGUAAAUAUUUACAUAUCAACAACAGAGAGGAAGCGAACACCAGAUGCUCCGAGGCGUAGACUAGCAAGGAGGUGUUCCACAUUGAGCUACACACACAGAGCAGAGAGUAGACUAGCAAGGAGGUGUUCCACAUUGAGCUACACACUCAGAGCAGAGAGUAGACUAGCAAGGAGGUGUUCCACAUUGAGCUACACACUCAGAGCAGAGAGUAGACUAGCAAGGAGGUGUUCCACAUUGAGCUACACACUCAGAGCAGAGAGUAGACUAGCAAGGAGGUGUUCCACAUUGAGCUACACACACAGAGCAGAAAGUAGACUAGCAAGGAGGUGUUCCACAUUGAGCUACACACACAGAGCAGAGAGUAGACUAGCAAGGAGGUGUUCCACAUUGAGCUACACACUCAGAGCAGAGAGUAGACUAGCAAGGAGGUGUUCCACAUUGAGCUACACACUCAGAGCAGAGAGUAGACUAGCAAGGAGGUGUUCCACAUUGAGCUACUCACACAGAGCAGAGAGUAGACUAGCAAGGAGGUGUUCCACAUUGAGCUACACACUCAGAGCAGAGAGUAGACUAGCAAGGAGGUGUUCCACAUUGAGCUACACACUCAGAGCAGAGAGUAGACUAGCAAGGAGGUGUUCCACAUUGAGCUACACACUCAGAGCAGAGAGUAGACUAGCAAGGAGGUGUUCCACAUUGAGCUACACACUCAGAGCAGAGAGUAGACUAGCAAGGAGGUGUUCCACAUUGAGCUACACACUCAGAGCAGAGAGUAGACUAGCAAGGAGGUGUUCCACAUUGAGCUACACACUCAGAGCAGAGAGUAGACUAGCAAGGAGGUGUUCCACAUUGAGCUACACACACAGAGCAGAGCCGUAGACUAGCAAGGAGGUGUUCCACAUUGAGCUACACACACAGAGCAGAGAGUAGACUAGCAAGGAGGUGUUCCACAUUGAGCUACACACUCAGAGCAGAGAGUAGACUAGCAAGGAGGUGUUCCACAUUGAGCUACACACUCAGAGCAGAGAGUAGACUAGCAAGGAGGUGUUCCACAUUGAGCUACACACUCAGAGCAGAGAGUAGACUAGCAAGGAGGUGUUCCACAUUGAGCUACACACUCAGAGCAGAGAGUAGACUAGCAAGGAGGUGUUCCACAUUGAGCUACACACACACAGCAGAGAGUAGACUAGCAAGGAGGUGUUCCACAUUGAGCUACACACUCAGAGCAGAGAGUAGACUAGCAAGGAGGUGUUCCACAUUGAGCUACACACACAGAGCAGAGAGUAGACUAGCAAGGAGGUGUUCCACAUUGAGCUACACACUCAGAGCAGAGAGUAGACUAGCAAGGAGGUGUUCCACAUUGAGCUACACACACAGAGCAGAGAGUAGACUAGCAAGGAGGUGUUCCACAUUGAGCUACACACAGAGCAGAGAGUAGACUAGCAAGGAGGUGUUCCACAUUGAGCUACACACACAGAGCAGAGAGUAGACUAGCAAGGAGGUGUUCCACAUUGAGCUACACACACAGAGCAGAGAGUAGACUAGCAAGGAGGUGUUCCACAUUGAGCUACACACUCAGAGCAGAGAGUAGACUAGCAAGGAGGUGUUCCACAUUGAGCUACACACUCAGAGCAGAGAGUAGACUAGCAAGGAGGUGUUCCACAUUGAGCUACACACUCAGAGCAGAGAGUAGACUAGCAAGGAGGUGUUCCACAUUGAGCUACACACUCAGAGCAGAGAGUAGACUAGCAAGGAGGUGUUCCACAUUGAGCUAUACACACAGAGCAGAGAGUAGACUAGCAAGGAGGUGUUCCACAUUGAGCUACACACUCAGAGCAGAGAGUAGACUAGCAAGGAGGUGUUCCACAUUGAGCUACACACACAAAGCAGAGAGUAGACUAGCAAGGAGGUGUUCCACAUUGAGCUACACACACAGAGCAGAGAGUAGACUAGCAAGGAGGUGUUCCACAUUGAGCUACACACACAGAGCAGAGAGUAGACUAGCAAGGAGGUGUUCCACAUUGAGCUACACACUCAGAGCAGAGAGUAGACUAGCAAGGAGGUGUUCCACAUUGAGCUACACACACAGAGCAGAGAGUAGACUAGCAAGGAGGUGUUCCACAUUGAGCUACACACACAGAGCAGAGAGUAGACUAGCAAGGAGGUGUUCCACAUUGAGCUACACACUCAGAGCAGAGAGUAGACUAGCAAGGAGGUGUUCCACAUUGAGCUACACACACAGAGCAGAGAGUAGACUAGCAAGGAGGUGUUCCACAUUGAGCAACACACACAGAGCAGAGAGUAGACUAGCAAGGAGGUGUUCCACAUUGAGCUACACACUCAGAGCAGAGAGUAGACUAGCAAGGAGGUGUUCCACAUUGAGCUACACACUCAGAGCAGAGAGUAGACUAGCAAGGAGGUGUUCCACAUUGAGCUACACACUCAGAGCAGAGAGUAGACUAGCAAGGAGGUGUUCCACAUUGAGCUACACACUCAGAGCAGAGAGUAGACUAGCAAGGAGGUGUUCCACAUUGAGCUACACACACAGAGCAGAGAGUAGACUAGCAAGGAGGUGUUCCACAUUGAGCUACACACUCAGAGCAGAGAGUAGACUAGCAAGGAGGUGUUCCACAUUGAGCUACACACACAGAGCAGAGAGUAGACUAGCAAGGAGGUGUUCCACAUUGAGCUACACACACAGAGCAGAGCCGUAGACUAGCAAGGAGGUGUUCCACAUUGAGCUACACACUCAGAGCAGAGAGUAGACUAGCAAGGAGGUGUUCCACAUUGAGCUACACACACAGAGCAGAGAGUAGACUAGCAAGGAGGUGUUCCACAUUGAGCUACACACUCAGAGCAGAGAGUAGACUAGCAAGGAGGUGUUCCACAUUGAGCUACACACACAGAGCAGAGAGUAGACUAGCAAGGAGGUGUUCCACAUUGAGCUACACACACAGAGCAGAGAGUAGACUAGCAAGGAGGUGUUCCACAUUGAGCUACACACUCAGAGCAGAGAGUAGACUAGCAAGGAAGUGUUCCACAUUGAGCUACACACUCAGAGCAGAGAGUAGACUAGCAAGGAGGUGUUCCACAUUGAGCUACACACUCAGAGCAGAGAGUAGACUAGCAAGGAGGUGUUCCACAUUGAGCUACACACUCAGAGCAGAGAGUAGACUAGCAAGGAGGUGUUCCACAUUGAGCUACACACAGAGCAGAGAGUAGACUAGCAAGGAGGUGUUCCACAUUGAGCUACACACACAGAGCAGAGAGUAGACUAGCAAGGAGGUGUUCCACAUUGAGCUACACACACAGAGCAGAGCCGUAGACUAGCAAGGAGGUGUUCCACAUUGAGCUACACACACAGAGCAGAGAGUAGACUAGCAAGGAGGUGUUCCACAUUGAGCUACACACAGAGAGUAGACUAGCAAGGAGGUGUUCCACAUUGAGCUACACACACAGAGCAGAGAGUAGACUAGCAAGGAGGUGUUCCACAUUGAGCUACACACACAGAGCAGAGAGUAGACUAGCAAGGAGGUGUUCCACAUUGAGCUACACACUCAGAGCAGAGAGUAGACUAGCAAGGAGGUGUUCCACAUUGAGCUACACACUCAGAGCAGAGAGUAGACUAGCAAGGAGGUGUUCCACAUUGAGCUACACACACAGAGCAGAGAGUAGACUAGCAAGGAGGUGUUCCACAUUGAGCUACUCACACAGAGCAGAGAGUAGACUAGCAAGGAGGUGUUCCAUGUCUUCUUGUCUCUUAGCGGCUCUGUCUCUUCUUCUGUGGUCUCAUCAAAAGAGAAACCAGUUUGUUAUCUGCUUGUUUGGUAUAAAACCUGCGUCACUAUCCCAAAGAGAGAGCACACAUGGUGGUGACAGGUCCAUGGUGCUAAACAAGUGUCAUUGAAGCUGCAGCAGCUACUAACUUCUCUGUAGUGUUGGGCACAUCUCUGCAGAGAAUGCCAUGGAGAUGUACAUGAAGAGUUUAGUUGUUGAAAUGAGACAGAGGCUGCUUCCUGCCUCAAGCUGCAACAGAGAGGAGGAGUCACAUAGAAGUUAUGCAACGGCUUCUUUCCCGGAGGUUGAAGAGCUUAAAAGUUAUGAUAAAAUACCUUUUUGUUUUUUUGUUUCCUGAAAGAGCCAAACGGCGUCUUUGAACGCACCACAGACAGAACAACAACGAUCAGAAGAGCACUUGAAUGCACCAUUUUCCUCUGUCAUUCCAGUUAUUGUUAUGGAUGCAUUCAUGCUUUAAUCACACAUGAACAAGUGAAGGCAUCCUGUAGUUCUGGGUCAGGCUCAUUCAUUCAUACAGCUCCUUUCAGCACACGGAUAUUCAAAGUGCUUUACAGAUAUACAGGUAUAGAAUACAUGGUAACACUUUAUAUUAAGGUACACAAAUUCACUUAUUCUGCAUGACCAUAUUCUACAAGUAAUAAGCCGUUAGUUGAGAGUUUUUCCUCAAUAACCCUCUAAUUAGUGCUGAUUUGUUGCAAGUAAGGAAGUUGUUGUACGUGAGUUUUGGUCUUAAUAUGCUCUGCUCACUAUGGGCCUAAUAAGGCAGCAGUACCACAAGAAUAGUAAUUCCCCCAUAAUAACAGUCAUGGACGAGGGAAGGGGGGGUGCUGAGGGGGCUUCAGCACCCCCAUCGACGAGGCUCCACUAGCACCCCCAAACGCGGCACACCUACAGUGUUAGCGCGCCACAGUUUCGCCGCUACGAGGCUCC